AAUGAAAAACAAACCAUGCAGAUAUUGAACGAACGCUUAUCUUCCUAUUUGGACAAAGUGAGUGCCCUUGAACAGGAGAAUGCCCAACUGGAACGCAAGAUCUGUGAGUGGUAUGCCAACAAUGCCCCCAGCUCUCUUCCUGACUCUAGUCAGUACUUCAGAAUCAUCUCAGAACUCCAGAACCAGAUCGAAGGAGCUACCUUAGAAAAUGCAAGGAUCAUUCUUCAGAUUGACAAUGCUAGAUUGGCUGCUGAUGACUUCCGUGACAAGUAUGCGAUGGAGCUCAGCAUGCGCAACAAUGCUGAAUCUGAUGUGAAUGCCCUACGAAGGGUCCUUGAAGGACUUAACCGAGACAACUGUGAUCUCCAGACGCAAGUUCAAAACCUCCAAGAAGAAUUACAGGAGAUGAAAAGAAAUCACGCGGAGGAAGUGAACUGUCUUCGGGCUCAACUUGGAGCCAGAAUUAAUGUUGAAUUGAAUGCUGCCCCAUCUAUCGACUUGAACAGAUCCCUGUCUGAAAUCCGUGAUGAAUAUGAGAAUCUGAUGGAGAGAAACGUGAGGGAUGCAGAGAACAUGUUCAGGCAAAGGAUUGAAGAGUUGAACCGUCAAGUGGCUUCCGGUUCCGAACAGCUACAAUCUGUUCAAACUGAGGUCAUUGAACUGAAACGCACCGUUCAGACUCUGGAGAUUGAACUGGAGAGCCAACUAAGCAUGACAUCAGCCUUGGAAUCCACUUUGGCAGAGACUCAGGCUACCUAUGGCAACCAAAUUGACCAGCUACAAGCAAUGAUCAACAAUGUGGAGUGUCAGCUGGCACAAAUCAGGUCCGAUCUGGAACGUCAGAAUUACGAGUACAAAAUCCUUAUGGACCAGAAGACCCACCUGGAGAUGGAAAUCGCCACUUACAAACGCCUUCUAGAUGGGCAUGAUAUCCAUGUUUCUGAACAUCACAUGUCAAGUGGACACCAUGGAUCUCACCACAAAACAGUCCAACAUUCUCCCGAGCAUGGCCAUGAACCCAAAUGCUAAUUGUAUCAGACCCUUAAUGAAGAAAUC